UCACGUGAAUUUCUUGUUCAGCAAGAGUUGCGCGCGUGUGUAUGUGUGUGUGUUUCUCCGCAUUAGUGUCCGCGACCUAUUCUGUGAAAUAUGUACGCGAACGACACCAUAAGAGCACUCCACGCUGCGGUAAAGGCCGGCAACUUGCAAGGUGUCGUGGAAAUGCUGGCAAAAGGAGCAGACUUCGAAGCCGCAGACUCUUUCCAGGUACGACCGAUCCAUUUGGCUGCGGGAGAACGUCAUUUGGACAUUCUUAAAGCUCUUAUCGCACGGGGCUGUAAUGUAAACGCAGGGGCUUGCAUAAUUACCCCAGUGUUUAAGAGGCUCGAGCAGGGUAUGACGCCGUUACAUUUUGCAGCCAGAAAUUUUGACCCAAGCGUAGCACACACUUUGAUCAGUGCUGGUGCUAAUGUGAACGCCAAAACUAGUUCCGGUGUGUCUCCACUGCACAUUGCGGCUCAGCGCGGCCAUUCGUCCGUAGUGGAAGCACUAGUUUCUGCGAAUGCAGACAUGAAUGCCAUUGACGCUGGAACGUUGAAUCCGUUGCACUGGGCAGUUCGCGAGGGCAAUUUAGAUGCUGUAAAAAUUCUUAUACGCAGUGGUGCUGACGUUGACGCGAAGACUUGUCUACAGACUACACCAUUGCAUUACGCAGCAGAUCUCUGGCAUGUUGAAGUAGUUAAAUACCUUUUGGCAAAAGGAGCCGAAGUUAAUGCAAUUGAUAACAGAAGGUGGACGCCGCUUCACUUUGCAGUAGAUGAGGAUUCCACCCAAAUACUUCUCUUCAGUAAGGGACACUUGGAUGCACGGGUGCAUGCUUCAAAACUGAAUACCACGAAAGCUCUCAUUGAAAACGGAGCAGAUGUAAACGCAAAGGGAAGCAAAAACGAAACCGCCCUGUACCUGGCUGCGAAGUACGGCGAUCCUGUAGUCGCUAGAUGCUUAUUACAGAAUGGUGCAUAUUACAAUGGGAACACUUCCAUGUCAGAGAUUGCUGCUCUAAUAAGAAACGAGAAUGUAAAUGCUUUAUUGUGUGCUACUGAAAAGCUGUUUGAAGCUGUGAAAAAACGCAAUUGUGCUGAAAUUGAAAAAUGUGUUCAAGAAGGGGCACCAGUCAACAGCAGAAGCAUAAAGUAUGAAACACCGCUUACGUAUGCAUCUUGGAAAGGAGAUUUACCUGUUGUUAAUGUUUUGCUUAAACAUGGGGCUUGUGUUAAUUUGAGCAACAGUAAUGGUGUUACACCUCUGCAUUAUGCAGCAAAAUUUGGGCAUCAUGAAAUAUUGUGCAUUUUAUUGCAGCAUGGUGCAGUAUACAAUGCAACAACCAAAACAGGCAAAAAAACACCACUACAUUUCGCCCAUGAAGCUGGAAAACAAGAAGUUUCAGAGACACUAAAACUGAUUGAUCGUAUGUUUAUUAGAAUGAGCAAAAAGGAUGAAACAGUGCUAAAAGAGUUAACUGAAUUAAAGGACAUAAAUUAUGCUAAACUUCUUGCUGUAAAAAAUUGUAAAAAUAUAAAUCAGGAAACUCUGACACAAAUAGCUUCAAAAAAUGGCUAUGAAGAACUUUGUAAAAUGUUUUGUGAUUUGUAUUUGUAAAAUGUUUUGUGAUUUGUAACAGAGUAGAGCACUGUGCUAGUACAUUACACAAAAAUUUCAGUGAUUGGUUUGACAAAAGUAAUUAA